GAAGCAAAGACGUUUUAAAACAGCCGAAAUCAUCAUGCAUGACCUGCUUCUGAUAAAGAUACAAGUGGUGGAUAUAAAUACAGCACUCAGCACCAUCACACUCACAUAUCACUUCCAUGGCUAAUUCAACCGCCGCCGCCCAGCCACUCGAAGACAGAGUCGCCAUCGUCACCGGCGCCUCACGUGGGAUCGGCCGCGCCAUUGCCUUUCAUUUGGCUUCCCUCGGCGCCAGAGUUGUCAUCAACUACUCCUCCAACUCGGCUCAAGCCGAUUCACUGGCCGCCGAGAUCAAUUCCGGCUCCGACGUCCGCGCCGCCACCUUCCAAGCCGAUAUCUCCGUUCCGGAGCAGGUUAAAUCGCUGUUCGACGAGGCGGAAUCGGCCUUCAACUCGGAGGUUCACAUCCUCGUCAACUCGGCCGGCGUGCUGGACCCGAAAUACCCCUCGCUCGCCGACACCGCCGCCGCUGAUUUCGACAAAAUCUUCGCCGUCAACGCGCGAGGCGCCUUCCUGUGCUGCAGAGAAGCUGCCAACAGGAUAAAGCGCGGCGGAGGGGGGAGGAUCAUAUGUUUGUCUUCGUCGCUGGUGGCAUCGCUGAAGCCAGGUUAUGCGGCUUACACGGCGUCGAAGGCGGCGGUGGAGGCGAUGGUGAAGAUUUUAGCCAAGGAGCUGAAGGGGACGGGGAUAACUUCGAACGCGGUGGCGCCGGGAGCGGUGGCGACGGACAUGUUUUUCGCCGGAAAGUCGGAGGAGAUGAUAGAAAAGGCGGUGGCGGAGUGCCCGUUUGGGCGGCUUGGGGAGACGGAUGACGUGGCUCCGGUGGUAGGGUUUCUGGCGAGUGAUGCGGGUCAGUGGGUAAACGGGCAGAUUAUUCGGGUCAAUGGGGGAUACGUCUAAUUAAUAUCAACCACUAAUUUUGGAUGAGUGGAUUUUCCCGGAAUCAUGUUUCAUGUGUUUAUUGUGUUUUAAUGUUUCAUUCUUGCAAUUAUGGUGAGUAAUUAGUAUAAUUGUCAAUUGUCAUUAAUCGAGCAAUGUGUGUGUAUAUAUAUUCCCCGGUCCUCUAAAAAUGAUUGGAAUUUUUCUU